GAAAAAAGAAGAAGAAAAUUGAACAAGAAAAAAAAGGAAGGGAAGAAAGCUCCCUCUCAAUAAAUCACAAAAUAAAACCCUAAUUAACUAUCUUUGAUCCUCAAUAUCUGUGUAAUUAGGGUUUUUAAACUCUCUCGAUUGCUUUAAAUUCCUUCCCUCCAACUCAAGGACACAUGGCUAGUGCUGAAGGAAGCAAUGAUCCUGAAUGGGUAGAGAGAGUGAGAUCAGAGGGAGCUGUUCCACUACUUGAACCAGAUAACUGUCCAAAUGGUUGGGCAUGUCCACCUGGGGAUAACUUCAUGGUAAGGGGUCCAGAGUACUUGUCCACGAAGAUUAAAGUCCCUGGUGGUAAAUAUCUUCUAAAGUCUCUUGGCUUUGACUGGGUUAAAACUUCCACAAAGCUAGGGGGGGUCUUGAGCCAUCAUAACAACCGUGUUAGGAAAGUUGUUGAUGAUGCCUUUCCAACAGGUGAUAAGCCUUUCAUCUGGGCAUUCAAUCUUCAGCUCCCAACUAAGGAUAACUAUAGCGCUAUAGCUUAUUUUGUAGCCACAGAGCCUAUUCCGGAGGGUUCUUUGAUGGACCAGUUCUUGAAAGGUGAUGAUGCCUUUAGAAAUUCAAGGCUUAAAUUGAUUGCAAACAUUGUCGAAGGCCCAUGGAUUGUAAGAAAAGCAGUUGGAGAGCAGGCAAUAUGCAUCAUUGGACGUGCCCUUUCUUGCAAGUAUUGUAUAUCUGAGAAUUUUUUGGAAGUUGAUAUUGAUAUUGGAUCUUCCAUGGUUGCAAGUGCAAUUGUUCGUCUGGCAUUUGGGUACAUCACAACGCUGACAGUUGACUUGGCUUUUCUUAUUGAGAGUCAAACUGAAUCAGAGCUUCCCGAACAACUCUUAGGAGCUGUACGGUUCUCCGAACUGAACCCUGAUUCAGCUCAGUUGAUUGAGCUGUCAACAGGUGGGAGCAGUGGGAAUACGCAGGCAUCACUGCCAACUCGCUUAUGGAAGUCAUUUGAACAGGGAUUUUCUCAUCUUCUUCAUCCAGGUGCCCAAGAAAGUGAUUCGAUCUCGACUUCAACCCAUGUUAAUGGCACUGCUGGUCGUGAUGACAGUGAUGGAGAUCAUAAGAAAUGAUCAAUGGGAUGCUCUCAAACGGCUGAGCACAUUGCUGUUGCACGAGCUUAAUUUUCGAUUCUUUUCAAAUUUAUUGGGGUGCAAUCUUUUGGAGAUUGGCCUUGGCAUUGACAGAAUAUCUCAUUUUAUUGGUAUUUAGUGAUAGAUUUUGUCAUUUCAUUCCGUUUACGGUUAGUCAACCACAUAUGUUGUGUAUCAAAAUUGCUGUCUAUAAACCAACUUUUAGCUGUAUGUUGGGCCUUCUUUCUGCCCUGUAUACUUUAUAUCCACCUCAUUCACAGGGAGAAACAAUCCUGCUCGGUUAUCCGUA